CUUUCCUCUCUAUCACACAUCAGACUUUUCCCAGUGGAGCUAGAGAACAGGCUUCAAUGAAAACUGCCUGUUUACAGCUAUAUGGAGAUUGCAGGCACCACAGCCACUCUUUCCUCUACCUGACUUGGAACAGAAACCCCAUCAUCAGGACAGAGAGGUAGCCUUGUUGCCUAGCAAAGGUGGGAUGAUUUAUCUCUGCCUCUAGAUUGGUCCCUUUUUCUUCGCUGCACGAGAGAAUUGUUUUCAGACUUCCAAGGAGAAUGAAACCAGGCUAGAAAUCAGCGUGAAUGUGUGAGAGCUGCUCUCCCAGGCAGAAGAAGGAGUCACAGGGUUUCUGUGCUUUUUGUUCCUGUGCAGAGCAGGACAAUGGUUCUAUCUGCCCCAGUUAUAGCCCUGGGGGCUACCUUAGGGACUGCAACUAGCAUCCUUGCCCUCUGCGGUCUCACCUGCUUCUGCAAAUGCAAGCAACCUGGGAAAGGACUCUCAGAAAAGGACCAAGAGGAGGACACAGAAAAUACUAAGCCCAGUGUGCUUCAGCCAGUCCAGCAAUUCAACGUUAAGAAAACUGCAGAGCCAGUCCAGCCUCGAGCACUCCUGAAGUUUCCCAACAUUUAUGGCCCCAAACCAGUAGUAACUUCACCUGAAAUCGUUAACUACACACAAUACUCCCUGAAGACAACAGAAGAACCAGAUGCUGGAAAACAUACUGGUUUGGAUGAGAGCAGGAUGAAGAUACAAGUCAAUGAAGAGCUGUUUGUUCUCCCUCAAAACGUUCCAGGUGUGGUAAAGGACGUGUGUGUCACGGAGCACUUGAACCCCGAGAGGGCAGCGAGCUGUAACCAGGCCCCUGAGCUGCACUACUCCCUUGCAUAUGAUCGACCAAAAGCUGAGCUGCGUGUGACCCUUCUGGAAGCUAUGCAUGGCAGAAUGAGUGGGGACCAGGAUGCUGGCUGCCAUUGCUACAUACUGGGCACACUGGUGAGCAAGUCUGGCAUUGCUGAGGCCCAGACAGAGCUGAAGAAGAAGAUGCUUCACACCCUCUGGGAGGAGGUCCUGAGGUUCCCAUUAACAGAAGAGGAGAUGCCAGAGGGGACACUGACUCUUACACUGAGAAACUGCGACAAGUUCUCCAGACACAGCAUUGUGGGGGAACUCAAACUGGGCCUUGCUAACAUGGAGGAGUCCUUUGGGGUGGCCCAGUGGGAAAGGCUAAAGACCCCAGAGAAGGAGCCAUCUACAGGCCAUGGAGAGGUUCUGCUCUCUAUCAGCUACCUGCCAGCAGCUAACCGCCUGCUGGUCGUGAUUAUUAAGGCUAAAAAUCUCCAUUCCAAGCAGCUGAAAGAUCUACUUGGCAAUGAUGUUUCUGUCAAGGUGACACUGAGGCAUCAGUCCUUGAAGCUGAAGAAGAAGCAGACCAAACGUGCAAAACACAAGAUCAACCCUGUGUGGAAUGAGAUGAUCAUGUUUGAGGUGCCUCAUGAGCUCCUGCGUGCUUCCAGUGUGGAGCUGGAAAUGCUGAGCCAGGAUGGUGCUGGGCAGAGCCACGUGCUCGGCAAGUGCAGCCUGGGCUUGCACGUCACGGGCACGGAGAGGAACCACUGGGAAGAAAUGCUGAAGAACCCCAGGAGACAGAUAGCCAUGUGGCACCAGCUCCACAUGUAGGCUCAUCAUGAUUACUGCUAACCAGAUUUCCACCAGGCCUCUGAGCCUGAAGGAAUAAGCUGCAUUUCACCUUCCAUCUUCCUCUCCACAAAGUUGCUUGGCACAGCAUUCUUCUUACACCACGUUCUCUGAUUUUCCUGCUUCAUCCUAGCCAGGGAAACUGUCUGGAAAACGUGUUUAAAAGACAAUCACCCACCUCAAGUAGUUCUCAGAAACAAGGGAUUUGGUUGUCUGGAUGAUUUGAAUUGGUUUUAUUAGCCUGCCCAGUGUAAUUUCUGAGAGGUCCCUGUAUCCGUGGAGAAGCAGAGGUGAACAAAGGUAUCACGGAAAUGUAAGCCACUCCUUGACAUCUAGCACUGUCAUCCAAGUCCCUUGAUGAGUGCUGGCUCCAUAAUCACAAACAUGUGGCAGAUGUUUUACCAGUCACUGUUUUUCAUAAUACUUCACAAGGCUGUGAGAAAUGGAGAUCACAAAACUGUCACUGCAUCAGUAUGAGAGAGUGAAGCCAGCAUGCAGUAGAUGGAUACCUAGAGAAAGAUACAGAACUAAGGGAGAGAACAGAGAAAGAAGAGAGAGCGAGACAGUCAACACUAUCAUCCUGUGUAGCCUUUGAAGCAAACACUGCCGAACAAGAAAUCAAAUACCUUCCUUCACUUUUAUUUCCUGGAAUGUUUGAUACCUUGUAUUCGGGAUUCAUGAAACUGUGUUUCAGGAUCCUUUAGCAGAAUACCUAUAUCUUUCUGCAGUGUCACCCAGGAAGACUCUAAACAUGGAUAAAAGUUAUUGGUGAUGUUAUUUCCAAAAACCUGGAGCAAAUCUUUCUGCUUACUGCCAUCUUUUCUGAUGGGUUUUUCUGAGCUAGAAAAUUUCAAAUAUUUCAGUUAUAUUCCAGGCAACAUCUAAGACUAGACAAAAGAAGUGGGAUCAUUUCAUACCUUAGCAGUUGAUUGAUGGUUUUGGUUUGACAGUUAACUAUCGCACUCAUAUCCUCAUACCAGCAUUAGUCAAAGACUACCGUUUAGAACUGCCAUGCAUUUCAUCACUUCCAGACAGAAGGAAUUCACUGACCAGACAGACUCUCCAGGGCUUGUUUUUUGUGUGUGCUUUCAAGACUCAACAUGGCUUAAAUGUUACUGUUUACUGCCCUUUUUUUUGUCUAGAUGGAUUGAAAGUCUGGCACGGGCAGUGUUAAUUUUAUGACCCCCAUACGCACACUGCCUGUCCUACCGCUUUAUUUCAAGUAGUAGACACAGUGUUAAAGGACUUGCAUGGGGAUAAGACAUCACAAAAUCUAAAACCAGAACCAUAUAUUUUAUAACACUGAAAAACUCAGCGUUCAUUUCUGCAGGGUCAGAUUGAUACUUGUUUAAAUCAGAAUAUGAAGCUAGGCUUUAUCUAGCAUCCAUCCUAUUUUGAUGACUUAGUCAAAAGAGUCCAAUAGACUGUCAAAUGAAGGCUGCCAUACUGAUGGCACAGGAAAACCACCAGAAACAGUAUCUGGAAACUGGCUGAUGUGCCAGGCACAGAGAGCUCUGAACAGGAGAAUGAAUUUCAGCUGGAAGCCCAUCACUAGUGGUGACUGGGGCUGUAGUGGGACUGAUGCUGAUUAACAUCUUCAUAAGUGACCUGGACAAUGGGCCAGAGGUGCCCUCAGCAAGUUUGCAGAUGACACAAAACUAGGAGUAGUGGUUGAUACACCAUGUGGUUGUGCGGCCAUUCAGAUGGAUGUGGAAAAAUGGGCUGACCUGAACCUUCUGAAGUUCAACAAGAAGAAGUGCAAAGUCCUGCACCUGGGGAGGAACAAGCCCAUGCACCAUUGUAGGGCUGAGGGCUGCCCAUCUGGCAAGUGGCUUUACAGAAAAGGACCACAGUGCCCUGGUGGACACCAAGUUGAACAUGAGCCAGAAAUGUGCUCUUGCAGCAAUGAAUGCCAACAGUGUCUCGGACUGCCUCAGGAAAAGCAUUGCCAGCAGGUCAAGGCGGGAUGAUCCUUCCUCUCUACUCAGCACCAGUGAGGGCACAUCUGGCAUGCUGUGUCUAGUUCUGUGCUCCGCAGUGCAAGAAAGAUACGGACUUAAGGGAGAGAGUGCAGCAAAUGGCCAUAAAGAUGGUUAAGGGACUGGAGCAUCUUCUGUAAGAAGACAGGCUGAAAGAGCUGGAACUGUUCAGCCUGGUCGAGAGAAGGGUCAGGGUGGAACUUAUCAGUAUGUAUAAACACCUGAUCUGGGAGAAAAGAAGAUGGAGCCAGACUCUUCUCACUGGUGUCCAGUGACAGGACAAGAGGCAAGGGCACAAACAGCAAUACAGGAAAUUCCAUAUGAGCACAUAAAAAAAAAAAAAAAACCAAAGCCGGUUUCCAAGAGAGGUUGUUGAGAGUCCCCCUCCUUGGAGCCACUCAAAAUCUGAUGGGAUACAGAGCUGAACAACCUGCUGCAGUUUACCCCACUUUGAGCAGGGGUGGAUUUGGACAAGAUGAACUCGAGAGGUCCUUUCCAUCCUCAGCGAUGCUGUGAUUCUGUGAAGAGACUGACAAGGCUGAUGUACACUGAAAACUCUGCUAUCUUGACACUGCUAUUCCCUUUAUAGGUGAUAUAGCCAGGAGUUACAGGAUCACUUUAAAUAUGGCGAUAAAACCAGCUUUGACCACACAAGCAAACAAACAGAAAAACAAAGUAUGUCAAUGAAUCUUAUACCCGAUGUUUUAAUCUCUGAUAUUGCUUCAACUGGCUAGAGGGGAUUUAAACAAAAAGAAAUUUGACUUCCUGUUUUGCUCUAUGGGCUUCUGUUUGUUAACAAAAAGCUGUAGGAUACUGUGAAUUAAAUUGACACAGGGUUUUAGUUGAUAGUGAAUUCUUAAUAGCUGCUGUGUUCAUGAUCUACCUGUAGAUAUUCCUGUAGAUUUGGAAUCAUUAUUUCCAUUUAAGUGCAAAAUUCGUUGUGAUAUUUGCCUAAUACAUAUAGAUUCCUGGCAGUGUUAGGAUUCUUUUUUUUUUUUUUAGAGUAACUAUAAGAAGGAUAACUUCAUGGUAUGAUGCUACUCAGCUGGCACCGGAAAGCCUGAAGGGCCAAAUAUUUGCCUUGCUGCCAAGAGAUUUCUCUAGUUCUGCCUCCUGCUUAUUUUAAUGAGCCUUUUAUAACAUCUUGGUGACUGAUUGUAAACAGCACUAUCUGCCUCUGCCCCUGGUGAUUUUGGCACACCCUGUAAUUAGACAGCAAUCCUAUAGCAUCUAAAGGAAUCACCUCUCACAAUCUGAUUUUGCUGUGACAAAAUAAUGUCCUCUUUUAUAGCAGAAAAAUACCUGUAUACACACUACUUAACCACAAAUCUGUCUUACGUGUGAAGUGGUGCCAUUAGUGUUAAAGGAGGGUGUUGUUCCCUCCUUUACUGCAAUGGGAUUUAAAUGGGGAAGAGAGGAAGAGGGAAAAUGCAUGCAUCUUUCCCGGCUGGAUCAUUUUUGGUGUCUGGCAUUUCAGCCUGGAAAGAAUGUCUCUCACAUUCAGUGCAGCCCGAACAAAGGCUGCCAGGUGGUUAUUUAACGAGGCAGCCAUUUGCUGAGCAGGGGCUGAAAGCAGGCGCAGUUAAGGGUGCUGGCUGUCCUGAACAGGAGGAAUGCUGCGUACGUGUGGUACCGGAGGGGCUGGGACGCUCAGACUGGGCUCUUUUGAACUCUCUGAAUAGGAGCUGUUUGUCAUCGCAUUCCAGCUCUGCCCUUAUCCCUCUCAACCUCCUGUAUUGCCUGUUUAGCAACGCCUGUGUGCCACUCAGCCCCAGCACCCCAAGGGCUGGAGGUGCUACACUGGCCCAAGCAGACAAGCUGCAGGGGGCUGUUGUGGGAGAUGACAACAUCAUGAAUACAAACGCAGAGUAUCUGGAAAUGCUCAGUGCCAUCAAAUCAAACAGCUUCAGCAACACAAGCUGUUAAAGUAUUGCUUAAGCACAAUAUGGCCAGAGAACCCAGCCAGGCAGCUCCAUGGUUUGCAGCUCCUGAAGCUGUAAAUACAGGAGCAGGAACAAGCAACACUAACACGUCUUAAAUUAAAGGGUGCUGCUUCUGAACUGCACCAUAAGAAGCAAAAAAAGCCUAGUUAUGGCAAUUAAUGUUCUUUAGGUAUGCGUGUGACCACAAAUAGCCAUUAGAGUCCCCAGUGGCUAUUCAGUGGUUGCACUGAUUAUUAUGUCUGCUGUAACCCAUUAAUGUGAAGCUGGAAGCUAAGAAACAGUAGGGAGGCCAGAGAAAACAAAACAAAACAAAACAAAAACCAAAUCAACAAACAAACAAAACCCACAAACAAACAAAACAACAACAACAAAAGCACAAAAAAACGGGGGGUGGUGGCAGUCUACUUGAUCAGAAUGAACAAUCCUUUUCACAAAGGGCCAGAGAGCUGUGAGUUUAAGGACAAGGAUUCACUGUUUCUCAUCCAGUGACAAAAGCCAAACAACAUGACUACUGUAGAUCAGAAUGAGAAAUGCAGCUCCUAUAUUGCAUCCAGCAUUGCCUGGGAGAGGUGCUUUCCUGCUGUGGCCUCUAUUCAGAAGAGGGGACUGAGAGGCCAGAGGAAAUAAUUUGUGACUUCAUUAAGGAGUUACCUGCUUAAAAAAUAGAUUGUAGCCAUAUGUUGCUUUGCCUUGACCUGCCCUCAGAGCUAGAUCUUCCAAAAUAAAUGAUCUAGUUUGAUUUUCAGCAUUGCAGUAGAAGAGAUUAAAAAAACCACAGAUCAUCGAUAGUCAAUGAAGCAGCUCUGGGAUGUUUUAGACUCAUUACUACCCUUCGUCCCCUUCUCCAUGUAUAACAGGGAAGUGGUUGCAGCUGGUCUCCUGUAAGGGUAACACUUUUUCAGUGCACAGUUUUCCCCUCACUUCUCGUCCCAAAUAUCCUUCAUUGAAUGGUGAUAGGAAACAUGUUUGCUUUGCAAAGAGGUAAUACAUCAGAAAAGAAUGGAAAGAAUGGAAAAUUCCCUUUAACAGGUCUGGGAAAAUUUUCAAGCUUGAAUAGUCUCCCAGGCAUUAUUGUGCUUUCAACACCUUGAACAGAAGUACCUCGCAUUUUGCUGGCAUUGGUAUUAUCUGGCAGUAGUGUCCAAAGACACCUAUUUUUUUUUUUUCCAGAAUGGAGGACAUCGUAUUUUGGGCUCUACAAAUACAGCCCAAGGUUUGCCAAAAUUUUGCUGAUGUCUAAGAUAAGCAGAGCAUAAUGACAUUUAGUGAGAUAUGGGAGAUAACGUGGCUUGGACCACACUUCCUGCACUCUUUUGAAGGUCUGAUUGAACUGAAGGACAGAGCUUUGGCAGUAUUAUUUAUAUGUUUCAGAAUUUAACUAAGUAUCAAAAUAUAUUUGGUUCCGUUACUGAAAGAUUAGCAUGAUGAGUAAAUACUAAUACUUGACACUUUAUACUGUUUUUUCUGUUGGUAAUAAUCAAAUCACACAAGAAUAGUAGCAAAGUGAAAUAGUGCUUUGUGGCCUUCCAGCAUGAAAAGGCUUUUCUGCUUACUUGGUCCUUCAGUGUUCUGGUGUGUUUAUUGUACAGAGCAAGAUAUUGUUUGUCAAGACUCUAUAUUGUUUGCACAGUCCAAAGCACAAAGACAGAGCAUGAGGCUCAGCCAUUGUGUCUAAUGUUACAGCACAAUAUGUAAAUCACUGCGAGUAAAUAAUUCCAAACUAUA